UAUGAAUCAAAAUAAUUCACACGCAGAGGUAAACAUUCAAAGUUGGAACGUACGCGGAAACAGCUCCAUUCAUUUAUGCAUGUAAAUACAAAUUUAACCAGAGUUAAACCACAAGGGUAGUAUAAUCGAGGUGAGCACUAGAGUUCACAUAAGGCUUUAUAAAUACGCAGCAUAAGAAAGCAUUCGAGAUAUACAGAUUACUUGGAAUUUGCAAGCUUAGUAGGAUGGCGCGAAUUCUGUUUUGGUGUAUGUUGGCCCUCACUGGACUGCUAUUGCUCCAAGCCCAAGGGGAAGGAGAGAAACAAUCUCCCAUCAAUAUACAAACCGCGAAUGUUCAAAACAAUGAAGCUCUUGGGGUAUUGAACAAGGGAUAUUCAGCUGCACACGCAACAAUGAUCAAUAAAGGCUAUGAAAUUCAGGUAGCGUGGUCUGAAUACGCAGGGAGUGUUGUAAUAGAAGGUGUAGAAUACAAAUUAAGUCAGAGCCAUUGGCAUCAACCAUCUGAACACACCAUAAACGGCCUAAGAUAUCCUUUUGAGUUACACAUGGUCCAUAUAUCAGAUGACGGCUCCAUUGCAGUUAUUGGUAUCCUCUACGAGUUUGGAAAGCCUGAUGAUUUUCUCACAAAGCUUGAGUGGGCCAUUCACAAGAUUGGGCAACCCCAUGCAGAAGAUAUAGAUUUGCAUAGUGUAAAUCCCAACGAUAUCGGGCUUAGAAGAGAUGAAGCGUAUUAUCGAUACAGUGGAUCCCUUACCACUUAUCCAUUCAAUGAAGAGGUCACCUGGACCGUAAUCAAACAUCCGAAGACUGCUACCCCCGAGCAAGUGAGGGAUUUGUGGAAUGCGUUGAAUGGGAAGGCGAAUUCAAGAGAGGUGCAGCCAUUAAACGGUAGAGUUGUUGAAGAGUAUGAGCCUCUUGUCGACAUUUCAGAAACGUACAAAGCACGACAGACCAUCCUAUCGGGUUCAUCUUAGAAAUAUUUGGCAGUACUAUGUAAAGUUUGCUAUGUUAAGAUAAUAAUAAAUAGUCUGCAAGACUAUAACAUCUUUGUAAUGGAGGGCUAGUGGCAAGGUAAUAUAUCUAUGUAUAUUUUAACGUUCUUGACA